AUACUCUGAUCAGAGCAUGUGGGGGAGGAUCCUUCAACUAAGCAACAUUGCUAACAUCAACAUUGAUGAAGACAUGGAUGCUGAUCCCCGUGAACCAGAUGUUGAAAUCCCUAGUCUACCACAUACUCCCCAACGCAAGGGGAAAGCAAAACAAAUGAGUUCACCACAAACACCUGAACUUCAAGGGGCAUCUUGUGUUAUAGGGGGUGUUUUAUGUGGUCAUGCACAUGGGAAUAAGGCCAAUAUGGCUGAUCUCAUUGAUGCAGACAAGGAUGCCAAUGACUCUCAUGAAAUUUUGGGGAAGGUUUUACUGUACCUUUCAAAUGACAACCCAGCCACAAUCAACCCAGCAGAAACUCAGUCAACCACAUCUUGUCUCAUUCCAAUGGCUAGUAAUAUAAAGCCCACUCUCGAGAAGGUGGCCACAAAAUAUUCACCAAUCAAAUCUUAA